UAGGGUUUCUGUGUAGUUGUUUUGGAACUCUGAAUUUUGUGCUCUGUGUAUGUUCUUGAUACCCGUGUCUUUACCUCUCUCUCUCUCUCUCUGCUAUAAAUCCCAAGUUUCAGAAAGCAAAAACUGGAAAACAACUCAACUAAAAACCUUGUUGAAUCCCGAGCUAGUCUUACUUAUGGAAUUGCUAACCCUAAUGGUUUCAUUACUACUAGCCAUCUCAUUUCUGUUAUCACCCUGUGCUUCCGACCACCUCAAUCUCAACAAACCUAUUCAACAAGGUGAUCAUGCAAAGUUUGCUCCCAUCAAUCUCAAUCACCAAACAAUGAAGAGCUCUGCUGAGGAAGAAACCCUACAAGCCUCAUCAGGUACCAAACAACAUGAAAAAGAAGAAAAUGUGAUGAAUGCAGCAGAAAAAGAAGAAGGCCCCAACAAAUCGGAAUAUUUUACAAUGGACUAUGGGUGGGUCAAAAGAAGACGUCCCAUACAUAACAAGCAAAUCCCCUUUGUUCCAUAAAACAUGGAUUAGUUUUUGCUACAAUUAGGGGGGCAUUUGAGCCAAUUUUGAUGAUAUAGUUACAAAUUUUGAACACAAUUUUUUUUAAAAGGAUUGAUUUGGAGUUUUUGUAUUUUAUAUUUAAAUAUGAUUAUAGGUUCCGUGUAUGAUUAUUGAUUAAGUAUUAGGGAAGAGAAUGGAGGAUUUUGUCCGCCUU